AUGGAGUCUAUCUUUACUCUCUUGCAUGUGGUGAUGGCCAUCAUCAACUUUUCGAGAACAAAUGGGACUUUCUGUAGCCUGCAAGGAGAACCUGCAUACCCACAACUUUUUAAAGAUGGUGAUAUUACAGUUGGAGGGAUUUUCCCCUUCCAUAGAAGUUGGGAAAUUACAGAUGUGUCCUAUGUGGUCAAACCAUCACCACUGAACUGUGUGAGUCUGGAUUUCAGAAGCUUCCAGUUUUCACAGUCCUUGAUCUUUGCUAUAGAAGAGAUCAACAACAGCUCUUCUUUACUCCCUGGAGUCUCACUGGGCUACAAGCUCUAUGACACAUGCAGUUCCACAGCUAUGGGGGUCAGAAUGGCUAUGGCAUUUAUUAAUGGAAAUUUGAACUCAAAAUUGGAUGAGCCCUGCACAAAGCCAACACAGGUGCAAGCCAUAAUUGGCGAGACAUACUCAUCAGUGUCAAUGGCUAUUGCACAGAGCAUAGGACCUUUCAGCAUCCCCUUAAUCAGUCACUAUGCCACCUGCGAGUGUCUCAGUGACAAAACAAAAUAUCCCUCAUUUCUGCGCACUAUUCCCAGUGAUUACUACCAGAGCAGAGCAAUGGCAGAGAUGGUCAAGCACUUUGGCUGGACCUGGGUGGGGGCAAUAAGGAGAGAUGAUGAUUAUGGUAACAGUGGGAUGGCUGGAUUUACUGCAGCUGCAGAACAGUUGGGCAUUUGUUUAGAAUAUUCCCUUCCAUUUUUUAGAACUUACUCACAAGAAAAAGUGCUGAGAAUAAUCCAGCAGAUCAAAAGCUCUACUUCUCGAGUGAUUGUGGUAUUUGCAACUCAUUGGGACUUGGAGAUUUUGCUGAAUGUAUUUUAUGAGCACAACAUUACUGGAUACCAGUGGGUGGGAACUGAAGGUUGGAUCUCUGAUUCAACUGUAGCCAGACUGGAUAAGCACAAAAUACUGCAAGGAGCCAUCGGGCUAGCAAUACCCAAAACAACAGUGAUGGGUCUAAAGGAAUUCAUUCUGGAUAUAAAACCACUACAGUCUGCAGGCAGUGCCAUUUUUACUGAAUUCUGGGAGGCUUUGUUUAAGUGCAAAUAUAAAGUGGAGAAUGACUCAGAAGACACAACAGUGUGUACAGGACAGGAGAAACUGUCUGAAACAAACAACGCCUUCACAGACAUGUCUCUGAUGCCCAUUUUCAGUAGUGUGUAUAAAGCAGUUUAUGCUGUUGCCCAUACUCUACAUGACCUUCUUGGCUGCACACGAACAUGUCCUACAAAGAAGCAGCCUGAUCCUCUCACUUUUCUAGAACAUCUGAAAAGGGUGCGCUUCAAAACCAAAGAAGGCGAAGAAGUUUACUUUGAUAAAAAUGGUGACCCUGUGGCUAAAUAUGAAUUACUAAACUGGCAAACUAUUGAAGAUCAACAUGAGUUUGUCACUGUUGGACUUUAUGACUCUUCUUUCCCUGCUCACAGUCGAUUAGCAGUAAAAAUGGCCUCUAUUGUGUGGGCACAAAAUAAAAAUGAGGUGCCGGUGUCUGUGUGCAGUGAGAGCUGCCCUCCAGGCACCAGGAAGGCUGUGCAGAAAGGAAAGCCUAUCUGCUGCUUUGACUGUAUAUCAUGUGCUGAAGGAGAGAUCAGUAAUAUGACAGACUCAAUUAAAUGUGAACAAUGCUAUCAAGACUACUGGUCAAAUACACACCGGAAUGAAUGUGUAAAGAAGGAAACUGAAUUCUUGUCAUAUGAGGAAACAAUGGGAAUUUUGCUGACAGCUGUUUCAAUUAUUGGUACAUUUAUAACAAUAAUAAUAGCAAUUAUAUUCUUUAGGUAUAAAAAUACCCCAAUAGUCAAAGCAAACAACUCAGAGCUGAGCUUCCUGCUGCUCUUCUCUCUGGCUCUGUGUUUCCUCUGUUCACUUACUUUCAUUGGUCGGCCCUCUGAGUGGUCCUGUGUGCUGCGACACACAGCGUUUGGGAUCACCUUCGUCCUCUGCAUCUCCUGUGUUCUGGGGAAAACAAUAGUGGUGUUAAUGGCCUUCAGAGCUACACUUCCAGGCAGUAAUGUCAUGAAAUGGUUUGGGCCUCCACAGCAGAGACUCAGUGUUCUUGCUUUUACUCUCCUACAGGUCCUUAUUUGUGUUAUUUGGUUAACAACAUCUCCUCCUUUCCCCUUCAAAAAUCUAAAGCACUAUAAGGAAAAGAUCAUUCUAGAAUGUCAGCUAGGUUCUGCAGUAGGUUUCUGGGCUGUACUGGGUUAUAUUGGACUCUUGGCUCUACUGUGUUUUAUUUUAGCUUUUCUGGCUCGGAAGCUGCCUGAUAAGUUUAAUGAAGCCAAGUUCAUCACAUUCAGCAUGCUCAUAUUCUGUGCAGUGUGGAUCACCUUCAUCCCAGCUUAUGUCAGCUCUCCUGGAAAGUUCACUGUAGCUGUGGAGAUAUUUGCUAUUUUGGCUUCAAGCUUUGGUUUAUUAUUCUGCAUCUUUCUUCCAAAAUGUUACAUAAUCAUAAUGAAACCAGAGAAGAACACUAAAAAAUCAAUUAUGAAUAAGGUGCCUGUUAAGUGA